UGACGUAGCUAUUUGUAUUGUUCAGGUGAUCCAAGGCCGGGAAGAGCCAACGAGAUUACCGUAGACCUGUUGUGGGAUAGGCAAAUUGCAGAUUAAAUUGAUACGAUUAAUAUUAUUUUCCCAUGGGUCAUAAUUUAGACAAAGAAAGGCAAUUCAGUAACAGGCUGGGAUUAGAAUCAACGAGGCUUCCAGGAGUCUGCCGGAGAGUGUGGGGGAGGGAGGUUGUGUCUGGGUUCCACCGGUGGUUGCCUGGUGACCAGUGUAACAAUUCGCUGUAGCGAUCUCAGGCAGCCGGGAGUUUCUGUAACCGAGAGGGCAAGGCGACCUCACAGGAUGGCACGGCCGGUGGAGAAAGCACCAAAAGAUGCUGUGCAGCAACUGGCCAUCGACCGGGAAACCAUCAGGAAAGAACUACGCAGCCAGAAACUCCACACAAACUUCAACAUCAACUUCCGCACGAAGUUCCAUUGUAUUACAGGAAAACCUAAUGUCCGCGAUGUGGAUAUGGAAGGGGAGGAGGAUCAGGAGUUGUCCAGAAUACUAAGGCGCAACUUUCUGGAACCAAGGAUGAAGUACACCAUGCCCCAGACAGAAGCUCAGGAGAUUGGCUGGAUAACGACUCCACUGGUUUCUUCAGAUUGGAAUGAUCGGAGACUGAACUUCCCUCACCAAAGCAAUGAAAUUACAAGAUUUAUGGCACAGUACUUUCUUCAAAAGGAAAACUCCAAAAAUUAAUGGAAGCCACAUAAUAUCCCUUUGAUCUACCUACUGGGUAUGACAAGACUUAAGAGAUGUAAAAAUAAUGUGAGCAAGCUAGUUGUAAUUUUGCGUAUCUGUCGAGAAUAAACAUGCAUAACA